GCAGCUAAAUACUCUCAUUUUAGUUUAGCAAAUUUUAAUUUAAUUAUUUUAAAUAAAAAUGAUACGUAAGCUGCCUUGUAUAUUGCGAUUUCACGGCGCAGCGGCACAAACGCUCUACAGACAACAACCGAACAUAAUUUUAACUAGAAAUUAUGCCGCAGAUGCUAAAGAUAACAGGAAUAAUGAAAAAACGAGACAAAGUAGCACCGGCUCAUCCAAAAGUCUACCUGCAGCACGUAAUCCCUUUGCCAUAGCACAAGAGAAGACCAAGAACACGUACCUGACCAUGGUGGAGAUAUUUAUGGAGCGCGAUAUCCAUCGGCGCAAUCAUGUGGAGUUCAUCUAUGCGGCACUCAAGCACAUGGCCGACUUUGGCGUGGAGCACGACUUGGAAGUGUACAAAGCGCUUAUCAAUGUAAUGCCCAAGGGUAAAUUCAUACCCAAGAAUAUAUUCCAGGCAGAGUUUAUGCACUAUCCCAAGCAGCAGCAGUGCAUCAUAGAUUUGCUGGAACAAAUGGAGGAUAAUGGCGUUAUGCCAGACUAUGAAAUGGAGGCAAUGCUGCUGAAUGUGUUUGGACAGCGCGGACAUCCGCUGCGAAAGUAUUGGCGCAUGAUGUACUGGAUGCCAAAGUUUAAAAACCUAUCGCCUUGGCCGCUGCCUGAUCCAGUACCAGAUGAUACGCUGGAAAUUGCCAAGCUGGCAGUGGAACGCAUGUGCACAGUGGAUCUGCGCUCCAAGAUUGAUGUGCUUGAAACGUCGGAGCUAAAGGAUGCGCUGGAUGAUACGUGGAUAGUCAGUGGCAUGAGCCCAGAGCAGAGCAAAUUGCUCAGGGAGCACUCGAAACAGAAAGCUUUAUAUAUAGAAGGUCCAUUUAAUAUGUGGAUACGUAAUCGGAGGAUCAACUACUUUACGCUGCGCGCUGAUGCGGACGUAGAUUUCCUGGCGCAACUGGACGAACGCCAGCUGGACGAGGAUGAUGUGACAAAGAUUGACGUGCCGUUCUUUGGACGCGCGCCACCACGACGACACAAUCAGCUGGGCAAGCUACGCUCAGUGCAUCAGCAGGAUGAUGGCACCAUUAUGGCCAUCUGUGCCACAGGCACGUCGACAAAGGAUUCACUGUUGUCCUGGAUACGUUUGCUAGAGCGUGGAAAUCCUGUGCUGGGCGAAAUUCCUGUGCUGUUUAGAUUUUUGUCCGCUGUGCCCGCCAAGGCGGAGGAGAUUGAGGCGCCCAGCAGCGUGCCAGCGAAGGCGAGUGAUAUCAAUAGCUCUAGUAAUUGAUUUACAAUAAAUUAUUUGUUGAGACAUAAGU